CAUUUUUUCUUUUUUCUGUUUUUUUAAAAAAAGAAAACAUAACAACCCAUUAAUUUUAUAAGUACGUUAUAAAUUCAAACAAAUAAAAUUAUCUAAAUAAAUAAAAAAAUCAUGAACAAAAAAAUUUGUGUAUUUAAUUGUUGACCCACUCAAUAAAUGCAAUCAUUAUUAUUUUUCUUCCACAAAAACUUCCCAGCCAUGGACUCUGUCCUGCUCGUGACAGAAAAAAGAUGUUGGAAUUUCAGAUUGUGUAGACCGUAAGAUGUUUGAUAAAAGGCCUGAAGGAUGAGACCCCCAUCGAAGAGAAAAGUAUACUGUAAGUGCGCGUCUUGUAAGAUUCCAUCACUAUGCUAAGGCAUGAGCAAUAGCAUCGAAAAGCUGAGCCGAAGAGGACCCACCCAGAGUCUCGCUCUCUCUGUUAUUGUGGGAAAUUGAAAAAAUAUUGGCUUUCUGUGAAACAAAGCAAGAAAAUUUUUGAAGCUAGUGAUUGGUGUUUAAAUAUUCAUUGAAUAGUGAUUACCGAUGCUGCAAAAUCACUAUCCAUGGGCGGGAAUAAGGAGUUAUUAUAUUGUUCUUUCUCAUUAUUAUGUCCUGAUAUAUUAAAUAUCAAGUCUGAAAACCCAACUUCCCUUUCAUUUAUUAAUGCUUCCAAGAGAAACCCCCAUCCGAACCUUGGUUGUUCUGGUCUCCAGUCAAAGAUAAACGCUUAGUGAUGUUCUAGUUGGUGAAACCUUGGACCUUAAGAUGGAAAAGCGGAAGUGGUUGUGGAAGCGGAAGUCUUCUGAGAAGAGCCCCGGUGAAACUGAAAGUUCAGGUUCAAUAUCUUCGCAUUCUGAGAGGUACUCUGAUGAUCAGCAGGAGGCACUUAAGGGAUCUCCUGAUCAUAAUUCUCAAUCACCUGAAGUUUCAUCAAAAGCUGAAGCUGGUACUGAACAUGACGAGAGUUCAUUAAGAAAGGAAACCAUUAAUGAUAGCAUGAAGAGUCUGACAGAAAGAUUGUCAGCAGCUCUUGUAAAUGUUAGUGCGAAGGAAGACUUGGUGAAGCAGCAUGCAAAAGUUGCUGAAGAAGCUGUUGCAGGCUGGGAAAAAGCUGAAAAUGAAGUGGGCAUUUUGAAGCAACAACUAGAGGCUUCAGUUCAGCAAAAAUCAGCACUGGAAGAUCGUGUGAUGCAUCUUGAUGGAGCCUUAAAGGAAUGCGUUAGGCAGCUGAGACAAGCAAGAGAGGAGCAAGAGCAGAAAGUCCAUGAAGCUGUCCUAAAGAAAACCAGUGACUUAGAAUCUACCAAAUCCAAACUAGAGAGUCAGCUACUUCAACUCCAGAACCAAGUAGAAGUAAAUAAAACUGAGUUUUCACCUCGUGUUGAUCCAGAUCUUUUACUGAAGCUUGAAUAUUUGGAAAAAGAAAACUCAGCUCUUAAACUUGAGAUUCAAUAUCAAGCAGAGGAGUUAGAAGUAAGGACAAUUGAGAGGGACUUGAGUACUCAAGCAGCUGAAACAGCCAGCAAACAACAUUUAGAGAGUAUCAAGAAGGUUGCUAAGCUUGAGGCUGAGUGUCGAAGGCUAAAAGCAAUUACUUGUAAACCAUCCUUGGGUAAUGACCAUAAAUCAACUGCUGCUUCCUCAACUUAUGCAGAGUCUUACUUGGAUAGUUAUUCGGACAGUGGGGAUCGGCCAAAUGCCGAUAUUAAUUCCCAUAGGAUUUCAAGCUCUGAAUCAAACAAAUGUGAAAAGAGUUUUUCAGAUUCGUGGGCAUCAGCUCUGAUAGCUGAGCUUGAUCAAUUUAAGAAUGAAAGGGCUGUUAAUAGAAAUCAUUCAUCCCCUUCUUUCGACAUUAAUCUGAUGGAUGAUUUUCUUGAGAUGGAGCGACUUGCUGCAUCACAACAAAUUGAGAGUGGAAGCAGUUGCCUGGAAUCUAAAGUUGUUGCUAAUCAACGCAACAAUGAUGAAAGUUCCAUGAGAAAGGAACUUGCAGCUAUGUUUCAUAGGACAGCUGAAUUGGAAGAGAAAUUAGCAAAGUUGGAAACAGAAAAGGCUGAACUUGCAGCUAUGGUUCAUCGGACAACUGAAUUGGAAGAGAAAUUAGAAAAGUCGAAAGCUGAGCUUGCAACUGUGAUUCAAUGGACAGCUGAAGUGGAAGAGAAAUUGGAAAAGUCAGAAAGAGAAAAAGAUGAACUUGUAGCUGUGAUUCAUCGGACAACAGAAUUGGAAGAGAAAUUAGAAAAGUUGAAAACAGAGAAAGCUGAGUUUGCAGCUAUGGUUAAUCGGACAGCUGAGUUGGAAGAGAAAUUAGAAACGUUGGAAACAGAGAAAGCUGAGCUCGCAGCUAUGGUUAAUCGGAAAGCUGAAUUGGAUGAGAAAUUGGAAAAGUUGGAAAUGGAGAAAGCUGAUCUUGCAGCUAUGGUUAAUCGGACAGCUGAAUUGGAAGAGAAAUUAGAAAAGUCAGAAACAGAAAAAGCUGAUCUUGCAGCUAUGGUUAAUCGGACAGCUGAAUUGGAAGAGAAAUUAGAAAAGUCAGAGACAGAAAAAGCUAGGCUUGCAGCUAUGGUUCAUCGGAAAGCCGAAUUGGAAGAGAAAUUAGAAAAGUUGGAAACAGAGAAAACUGAACUCGUAGCUAUGGUUCAUAAGACAGCUGAAUUGGAAGAGAAAUUAGAAAAGUUGGAAUCAGAGAAAGCUGAUGUAGCAGCUAUGAUCCAUCGGACAGCUGAACUGGAAGAGAAAUUGGAAAAGUCGGAAAGAGAGAAAGCUGAACUUGCAGCUAUUAUUCAUCAGACAGCUGAAUUGAAAGAGAAAUUAGUAAUGUUGGAAACAGAGAAAGCUGAACUCACAGCUAUGAUUUAUCAGACAGCUGAAUUGGAUGAGAAAUUAGGAAAGUUGGAAACAGAGAAAGCUGAACUAGAGACUGCUUUAACCAAGAGUCAGGAAAGUAUUGAGGCAUCACAAGUUCAACUUACAGGAGCAGAGAAGAAGCUGGAAGAGUUGCAAAGUAAGCUAAAUCUCGCAAAAGAAUCGAAGCAGAUUUUGGAGUCUCAGCUCGUCAGCAUGGAAGCGGAAGCUCGGAUCACUUCUGCAAAGAUGGCUCUCUUAGAAGAAGAGAUUCAAAGGGAGAAGGCUUUGUCAGCAGAAAUGGCUGUCAAGUGUCGACAUUUAGAGGAUGAGCUAUCAAGAGAAAAAGAGGAGGUCAAACUCCGGCGGGCUGCAAACUCAAAUGGUGAAAUGAAGAUAAAGCAGGAAGACUUGGAUGUAGCUGCUGGAAAACUUGCAGAGUGCCAAAAAACAAUAGCAUCUCUUGGUAAUCAGCUCAAGUCUUUAGCAACACUAGAAGAUUUCCUGAUCGACACUGCAAGCCUGCCAGAGUUCCCUGCUGGUACACCAUUGCUCACUAGUAGUGGAGAAGAGUGGAAGUUUCAUUCUAAUGGGACAUUUUCACCAAAAAGAGAUUCUAAUUCAUCAAAACCACCUGAGGGGAGUUCUAUUCCAACACUAAAUAAAAAUGAUGGGAACUCAACAACAUCUUCAUCAACUUCAUCUGCAGUGAUUUCAACUCAUGUCUUCACCGAAAAGAACCGGAAUGGUUUUGCAAAAUUCUUUUCCCGAACUAAAAGUGGGAUAAGGCUAGAAAUUUAAUCAGGGUUAGGUUUAAAUAUUAGAUUAUGAAACAGAGAUAGUUUGAUUUUAGUAGAUUUUGCUGAUUAAUGCUGUUUAAUUGGCACAUUUUUUUUUGUGUUUAAACGAAUAGUGAUCAAUGAAAUUCUUAAAUUUUAAGA